AUGCUAGCUCUAAUGGGUUGUCAACAACACCGAUCCAGUGUACCCUGUUUACAACCGGCCAGCUUCUUUGUGGUCUAUUUGAUCAUCAAUUUAAGCAAAGAGAGCGUGGAUUCACGUAUCAAGUUUGCCGUAUCGAUCUUCCGUAUCGAUCUGUUUGAUCACAUGGAGGGUAUUGGCAUUGAUGGUGUUCUUCGCACUAGUUCGUAUACAUACCAGCUGAUGGGACCUCAAGUUUGGAUGUUAUUAUUUGAUUUUCGAUCUGAGCGAAAGAAAGAUCGACUUUGUAGAACUAGCUCGUACAAAGUGGUUUUCAAUGCUUGUCGUGCUUUACCAUCUAGUGUUACACAAUGGAUCAUCUCACUUGGGAUUCCUUAUGAUCGUUCACCUCGUAUGGUUUUCGCUGAACGCUUCUUGCAAAAGAAAUCUAAUCCUGUCUUAGCGGCGGCUAAUGUCUUAGCGGCGCCUAACGUUUGUGGAUUGUUACUCACCUUCCUGGCGGGCUGUCAACUCUCCGACCCCAAUAUUCAUUUCAUCCUAUCUUCGAGUCCACCACACCUGAUCCAUGUUGUUCUUUAUCUUCUCUCAUCAUUAGGGUGGGCUCAAUCUCAUAAACCAGAACGCCAUUGGUUAGUGACCGAAUGUCAGAAACUAGCUGUGGAUAGGAAGUUCAGAAUCGAUUUUGUUAGGGGCGACGUACAUUGUUUUCCGAACGCACAAAGAACAUCAGUUAUCGUCAAUGUGAGUCCCUCUUUUGUCUUGAUCGAUGGUAGCUUGGUCACAAUAUCUCGAAUGUCAGCUAACAACAACGAUGAUGCCACUAAUGAUUGA